AUGGCAGAGGGCAACUGCACCAUCCGAACGCGCAAGUUCAUGACCAACCGACUGCUCUACCGCAAGCAGAUGAUCGUCGACGUGAUCCACCCGAACCGCGCCACCGUCUCCAAGCAGGAGAUCCGCGACAAGCUGGCCCGCAUGUACAAGACCACCUCCGACGUCAUCUUCAGCUUCGGCCUGAAGACCGACUUUGGCGGCGGCCGCACCAGCGGCUUUGCGCUCAUCUACGACACGCUCGACUUUGCGAAGAAGUUCGAGCCCAAGUACCGCCUGCAGCGAAACGGCCUGUACAAGCGGGAGCGAACCGCCCGCAAGCAGCGCAAGGAGCGUAAGAACCGCAUGAAGAAGGUGCGCGGCACGGCCAAGACCAAGGUCGGCGCCGGAGCUGCCAAGAAGUAA